AUGAAACCUAUUGCCUCCUGGGAUUGUGAACAAGCUAAUGAUGUUCCCACUGGGGGUGUGUUCAACCUUGAGUUCUCCCCAGAAGGAUCUCUAUUGGUAGCAGCUUGUGAAAAAAAAUCCAUCCAAAUUUUUGAUCCACUAACACAUCAAAGAAUACAUUCUGUAAAUGGAGCUCAUUCAGAUUGUGUGAACUGUGUAAAGUUCUUGGACGGAAGAAUGUUUGCAACUUGUUCGGACGACGCCACCAUAGCGCUUUGGGACAUUAGAAAUCUGAAAAAGAAAAUAUGUUCUCUACUUGGGCACUCCAACUGGGUAAAGAAUAUAGAGUUCUCAGUCAAAGACAAACUGCUUGUUACGUCUGGACUAGAUGGAAGCAUAUACACAUGGGAUAUAAAUUCUUACACAGAGUAUAAUGUGGUUCAUCACAGAGUGUUCCAUGCUUCAGGCCUUAUGCGAUGUCGGCUGUCGCCCGAUGCAGGGCAAAUGGUAAUGUGCACCACCGGCGGCCUCCUUGUCUUAAUACACAAUUUGAAUCUGGCAACACUGGCAAGAGAUUUACACGGAUUCAAGCCGAACCUGUACAGGCUGAUGCAGAUGAGCCAACAGCUGAUCCCAAUCGCGGCGAUGUACGACCACCUGUUCAACGGCGAUCGGCGCGAGAACCGCGUCGAAUUUGUUUCGGACUUCCCCGAGGGCAACGACGCCAAGGUCAUCAGCGCUUUGCAGAUUCACCCUCAGGGUUGGAGCGCUUUAAGUAGGAACAUCAGCCAUGAUGAUCGCUCAGAGUGGUCGUGCAUCCACGACAUCCAGCCGUGCGAGUUCGCGCCGGACAAGGGGACGCGCGACGACCCCCCCGCCCCCCGCCGUGCCCCUCCCCGCCGCGGCCUUCGCCUCGCGCGGCUGCUGCCAUUCCGCACGGUGCGCUCGCACGCCGCCCGCGCCCACAGAACAGAGGCAACUAGUCAGAGGGAGUCUGAGAGUGAGGAGGCAGAGGCAGAAGCCGGUGGAAGCGAGCAGCCACCAGCAAUCGUCCAGCCCAUUCCCGCAGCCUCAUCUAGACUUGGACCGGGUCUGCCUAAUAUACAAAAUGACGUUUGGGAGGCUUCUAUCACCAUUAAACAGCACAGGAUGGUCCAAGACAUGUACAUAAGAGGGCAGGUGGGCCGCAACUUCAACAUGCAGCGCAUUAUGGGCAUCAACACGGGCAUCACGCCGCCCGCCUCCGCUUCCGCUCCCGCCUCCUCUCCCUCACCCGCCUCCGCUUCAGCGACCGCCUCCUCUUCCAACUCCCCCUCCUGCCCCGCGCCCCGCACUCGCGCUGCCACCCGCGCCGCCUCGCUGCUGUCCACCGCCACCGACAGCAACAGCCCCUCGACUUCGGGGCAGACGCCUCGGCCGCGCCAGGCGCCGCUCACCUGCGACGAAGAGGCCGCCACGAGGCAUUACAUCCGCCAGAACAGGGAGCGCCUGCUGUACUACAUCGAGGAGACCAACGAGGGCAGAGGCUUCAUUAAGGAGCUGUGUUAUUCUGCGGAUGGCCGACUUGUUUGCUCGCCUUUCGGAAACGGCAUGCGUCUCCUGGCGCUGAACGAGAACUGCAGCGAGUUGUCGCACUGUGUUCAGGACUCCCGUGGCCCCGCGCCCAUGGUCGACGUUGGCCAAAGCCUCGGAAUACACCAGGACCUCGUAGUCAGCUCAAAAUUUAGCCCCCGCCACCACCUGCUCGUCACAGGCUGCCUCGAAGGGAAGAUAGUGUGGUACGAGCCUUAUAGCGGUGAAGGCCUGUAU